AUGAAGUACUAUAUACGGGAUCAUAACAGUGGAAAAGGCUCGAAUUCCCGGCGCCACUUUGUGACGUCAAAUAUCUAUGGUAGUGACACAAGUGACCAGAAAAAUGGAACUGUUGUUCAAUGGUCACCCAGUUCUUUCCGUCCACGAACUAUGCGCUCAGGUGUUUAUAUAGUCAACGAUCCUAGAUUCAAUCGUUCCGACGCCACUCAGCCAUACAAUAGUAAUUGUCCACAAGUUCAACUGAAGAAAAUGCCCGGAGAAAAUCCUGAUGACGUCUUGGAUGAACCUUCUGAAAAGAGUGGUUCAAUAUAUAGAUCUGCUUUGACAAAAUUGGUGUGCUGCCUCUAUGCUCUUAUCAUUAUUGCCCUUGGAUUGGUAUUCUCCAUUGCAAGUGCUUUGACAUCAAAAGAACGUGAUCACAAUUAUUAUCUGGAGGUAUUCUUGGUUUAUUUAUACAUCAUGUCGUUGAUUAUACUGCUCUACUUCCACGUUCAUCUACUGCGCGGUAUGAAGAAUACUUACUUCGAAAAGAAUCUUCGCAUUACCAUUCGAAGAAGCCAGGAUAACCUUCACAAAUGCAACCAGACUGAACCAAUCAGCGAGGACAAUGAGGAACAGGUUCUGUCUGAUCACAUCACUAACAAGAGUUGCAGUCCUGAUGAGAUGUCUACCUCCUCACAGACUACAUCACAAAGCCACCUGGAAUUGCCGACCGAAGGAACUGCAGCCCAUGUUGGUGAAGGCAUCAACUUUUAUCUACGACUUGGAUGUCUCGCAUUCAGUCUUGGAAGUGUCGCCCUAGAUGGUUUCCAUAUUGCAACUUACUUUGAGACAGAGGCAACCGCCACCUGUGAGAGCCCGAUAUUCCCUCUUGUUUACGUUAUGCACUUGCUAUUCGUUUUUGUGCAAACCUUCUUCGUGUUCAAAAACCACAAGUUGGUGAUUAAUAAAAGCAAAGCUUUGGUUCGUUUUGGCCUGAUGCAUCUUCUGGCAACAAAUCUUUGCGUUUGGUCUUCUACAGCCAUAGCAGAAACUGCGAAAGACUACAAGCAGCAGACCUAUUUCAAGAGUGUUGCACACCAACAACAGCAACAGGCAUCAGCUGCCACUGUUAAACCGCUGAUCAACGCAACCAAGAGUUGUUUUGAGGACGUCACGCUCGCAAGAGUUGCUUCUCCUUACUUGUUUCCCUGUACCAUAAUGUAUAGCCUGAUAGCGUCGGGUAUUAUCCAUCGAAUGUACCUUUACGUUGGUGUAAAAGUCAAGCAAAAGUGGCCAAGCCAUAUGUCUCUGACAAGUUCUCAGCCACAGAGCACUGCUUCCAUGGAUUGUGAGAAAGCUAACCGCGGCCUUUUCCUCGGUCUCUUGAUCGGUGUCAUAACACUGAUAGCAAUUGCAACAUUCUUCGUCUUUGAAGUUCGUAUCUCAGAUUCUGUAACGGCCAUUAAAGUGUUUUUCAUUACUGAAAUUGCUCUGCUGCUGAUUACAUCUGUUGGAGUUGUGCUCGGCUACCUUCGUUUGUCGGCACUCAAGUUCAGAGGAAGCCAUAUGAUCUCUCUCGAUUCUAUCUUGCUUAUCAUUGCAUUGUCCGGCGCUUACGUCUACUUGUUCUUAGUCCUCAUAUCUUCUGCUACCGGACUGGAGGAGUUCGGCGUCGUGGCUAUCCUAUCACUCAUCUGUAUCAGCAUGGAACUUGUGCAGCUUAGCUUGCAGGCUGUCUUCCUGUUGGACGGUCUCUGUCGCAGUAUCAAGUACGAAGAACAGCAAACGCGAAAACCUGGACGGGCCGUUGUAACCUUCCUGUUGGUCUGCAACUUGGCACUUUGGGCAGUCAGCAGCUUUGAGGUGAAGAAAACCAUGGUGAUUCCUCUACACGAAAAUUUCUAUGGUCUGCUGGCUUGGAAUAUAAUUAUUCACCUGUGUCUUCCACUUCUCAUUUUCAUACGCUUCCACUCAGUGAUAUGUCUGUCAGAGAUCUGGUACGACGCUUACCAAAAGGACAAAGACAGCUAAAUAGUCACCAGGUUGGGGUGAGUGAAGCGGUGGCGUUGAGGUGAUGUGGUAAACAGCAGAAGAAGGCGAGGAACUCUAUGCAGUAACAUGAACAUAAUGUUUUAUUUAUGUGUGCGCAUAUGUGUGUGCAAAACAGAAAUAUAUAUAUUCACACACGUAUAUUUAUAUAAGUGUGAGCAUUGAAUAAGGGCAAUGUAUGUAUAUAUUUAUACAUACAUACAUAACUGCACAUACACAUACAGAAGCAAUACAUAAGCGUAUACCUACAUACACCAAAAAUCUAUUUAUACAGGAAGGAAAUACACCACAAUCCAGAGAACAAAAGAACUCAAUGUAAGGAAAAAGAGUAAUAUAAUAAAAUUUAUUUCAUGCUGGAACUUCCAAAUUGUGACUCUGCAUUUCACGUUUUACUGAUUCUCAAUUAGUACGAGAAUUUAAUUAAACUACAUUAUAUCUACAAACAAAAUUUUAAAAAAGCGAAGACGUUAUAUAUGCAAUGCCUGUUAACAAUACAAACUCUUUUGAUUUGUUUGGUGUGUGUGUGUGUAUGUGUGUUACAUGUGCGCAUACACACACACACACACACACACGCACCUACACACACACACACACACACACACACACACACAUUAGAAGUCCUGUCUGACAUUCAUCUGCCGGGCAUUUUAUUUUAAAAUAAGCGAACAAAAAUACUUAUUUGUGACCCUAAGAAACAAAAAGUGCAUGUAACAAGAAUUGGGUAAUUUACUUUGCAUAUUGCUGAAAAAUUAACAAAACGUGACACUUAACGAUGCAAUUUUUGAGGUUCUUGCUUAAAUUAUAAAUAUCUAAAACAAAAUAGUAACAACAAUAGAUGGGAAGAGUAUAAAGUUGUGGAAGAAGGCACACCAGGAAAUAUGAUCCAACAUCACUUUGUUUGAAAAGUUUAGAAAGUAGUAGUAGUAGUAGUAGUAGUAGUAGUAGUAGUAGCAGCAGCAGCAGCAGCAGCAGUAGUAGUAGCGGCAGCAGCAGCAGUGGUGGUGGUGGUAGCUGUCACAACAGAUUUGGUGAUAACAAAAAGGCAGUAUAACUAUGUCAUAAAUCCUUAUAUAUAUAUAUAUAUAUACGUAUUUUGUAUGUGUGUGUGUAUAUAUAUAUCAGAAUAUAAGAUGGCAACAAUAACAACAUCAGCAACUACAACAGCAUUAUUAUUAUUAUAAAGGCAGCCAGCUGGCAGAAUAAUCAACACAUUGGGCAAAAUUCUUAGCAGCAUUUCAUCCAUCUUUACAUUCUGAGUUCAAAUUCUGCCAAGGUCAACUUUGCCUUUCAUCCUUUCAGGGUCGAUAAAAUAAGUACCAACUGAGCACUGGGGUCGAUGUAAUCAACCUACUCCUUUCCUGAAAAUGCUGGCCUUGUGCCAAAAUGUGAAACCAAUAUCAUUCUUAUUAUAACUAUUGUUAUUGCUUUUGUUAUUCUCCAACACAUAGAUCUUCUACAGUUGGGUUGUGUGUAAUUAAGCCUUAGCUCCUGCUCACAACUCAGAAGCAUGAAUAAUAAUAACAACAACAACAACAACAACAAUAAUAAUAAUAAUAAUAAUAAUAAUAAUAAUAUGAAUAUUGUUCAUAGUGAUGACACUGAUAGAUAGCUUCUCAUUUAUAGAGAAUUGACUAAACUGUUCCCAAUACAUAAGAAAGAGUACAAGAAAGUAGCACAAUACAUCAUAGCAGUACAGUUACAAUAGAGUACACUACACCAGUAUAACAAUGACAAUAUUACAGAGUACAGAUGAAUAAGGCUCAGUGGUGUAUAAUUAGUUUUAAUGUGAAUCACAAUUUGAAUGUUUCUAGAUUCACUCAAAGGUGGAGAAUUGGUAGAUUCAUUAGAGCACAAGAUAGAAUGCACACUGUAUUUUCUCCAACUCUGAGUUGAAAUUCAACAUUGCCUCUGUUAUAGAUUUAAAAAAGUGCCAGUCCUGAGCAAUGGACUGGCAGAAAUGUUAGUUCAGACAAAUGCACUGUGGUAUCUGUUCUGGCUUUUUGUUUCCUAAUAGCAAUCCCCUUAGUGUCAACUAUAUCAGCCCAAAUUGGCAGCCUUUUCCUUGAAUAAAUAUUGAUUGUGUUGAGAAGAUUUUUGUGCAAGGACGUCAACAUUCACUGACAGAGGCCUUACAGAUUCAACCAGAAUGUUCACCGUUUAGAUAAAUGAGACGUAUCUAAUGUAGCCCCAUACAGAAAUAUUUCUAACAAAAAGUUUGAUUCAACAAAUUUGUUAAAAAAGUCAAAGUUAAACAGAAGAGUAAUGGAGGUAAAAAGUCUUCUUGAAGAAAGACCCCUAUAUAAAGGUUUAUGACUAGGUUAUUUUGCAGAAUUAUUGCUUUGUGCCAGUACAUCAUCAACAAUAUCCAAGAAUUUUGUUUUGUUACUGAAGGCUAUUUUGGUAAUUAACCAAUGCCAUGAUUAGACAUUAGUUUCUUCCUACUCUCUUCAUCAAUAAUAAAUUUUUUCCUCAUUAAAAUCCUUUUCAACACCCUCUCUGAUAAUCUGAUAAGAUGAUGUCCAGAUGAACAACCAAUAUGUUGCAAAGUAAAAAUGCCAAGUCUUUAUAUAUUGUUGGUAAACAGGUUAUUGGUCUCUAGGUUUCAAAAUCUUAGUUAUUAAUAAUUUUUUUUUUUAUUUCAUGUAUAGGGAUCAGGUUUUGAUAUUAUUUGUCUCUAGUGAUAAGAUCAGGUGUUGAUUCUAGUGUUUAUAAUUAAGUUAUUCUAUAAUGCUGUUACAGCAUCAUAUAUACUGUCUAAAUAUUUUAGCCAGAAAUUAGAGGUUAUCGAUUCCAGGAACUUCCCAAUUUUUAAAGGCUUUGAUUUUGUCUGAAAAUUCCCUGCUAAUCACAUUAAGAUUAAGACCAUACUUUAGUAUAGUUGUGAUUUUCAUAUCUUUUCUAUGUCUUUCACUCUCCAUUGUAUGUCUUUAUAAUAUAUAUUUCGGUCUUACUAAAUCAAUUACACAUUUUCCCUUCACAAUAUGUACUCUUGUAAAGUAAAGUAAAACCAAAGCCCCUCCCCGCCACCAAAUCAUGAGGAUGCUGGACAAAAUAUUUUGUGGCAUUUCACCAGUCUUUACAUUCUGAGUCCAAAUACCACCAAAGUCAACUUCACAUUUAAUUCUUUUGGGGGUCAAUAAAAUAAGUGCUAGUCAAACACAGGAGUCAAUGUAAUUGACUAUCCUCCUCUCCAAAAACUUGUGCUUAUAACAGAGAGGAUUAUUAUUAUUAUUAUUAUUAUUAUUAUUAUUAUUGUUGCUAUCAUCAUCAUUAUUAUUAUUAUUAUUAUUAUUAUUGUUGCUAUCAUCAUCAUUAUUAUUAUUAUUAUUAUUAUUAUUAUUAUUAUUAUUAUUAUUAUUAUUAUAUAAAGGUGUCAAGCUGGGAGAAUAGUUAGUGUGCUAGGCAAAAUGCUUAACAACAUUUCAUC